AUGACGUCCUGCGUGAUUCAAGUCCACGACCUCUCGCGUCGCCUGCACAAGCGCCUGCAGCCGCCACUGCCCGUGGGAGGCGCCGCCACCGACGAAGCAGCCGCUCCCUGCGACUCGGUCCCGAGCGAGGCCCGGCUCAAGGUGCGCAAGCGCCAGGUCAAGUCGUCGCCGCGCUCGGCAAUGGCUGUCGCGUCGCUGCCGGAAGCGCCCGCGCCAGCCACGUUGGCGGGGAGAGACAUUGCUGUUGAUGCUGCCGCUGCUGCUGUUGCUAUUGCGCAGUGGCCGAGCGUCGUGGGCUGCGAGGGCGUGCGCAAGGCGCUCACGUUCCUGCAGACGUCGCGCCAGCACGCGCUCAUGCUCAUGCUGCAGAACCACUGGGAGCGCGCCAUGCGCGUGCUGGAGAAGAUUGAGCGAGCGACCGAGAGCGUCAGCGCGCAGAGGCGACAGGUUGUGAUCCGGCAGGCAAACGCCGGCCGCGACUCGCUCGUCGGGCAGCUGCAGGCGCUGGAGCUCGUGGCGCCGCGUCGCGUCGUGCGCUUCAGCGACGACGUGGCGGUCGCUGUUGCAGACGAUGUGGACCGCACGUGCGACCACGUGGCGGAGCCCGUGCGCGCGGAGAUGCUCGUGCUGCGUGCGUCGCGCAAGAUCCCGCCGGCGAACCUCUCCGAGUUUUGGAACGAGUGA